CCAGAAAUGCUUCUCACCAUAGCUCCCGACCUCUCCCUCUCCCUCUCCCUCUCUACUCUCACCCACUCCUCCUCCUCCUCCCCGAACCCCAACUCUUUCCUCUCCCUCCCUCCCCGCCUCCACUUCCCCUCCCGACCCAUCACCUCCGCCCUCCUCCCCCGCGCCAUCCCCGCUCUCCAUCAAGAUUCCGAUCUCACCAACGUCGCCCAGACCGACGCUUUCGACUUCGCCUCCACCGACCUCAAGCACCUCGCCUCCCCCAAGCUCGAAAUCCGUGAGCUCGACGAGCUCCCCGAGCAGUGGCGCCGCUCCAAGCUCGCCUGGCUCUGUAAGGAGCUCCCGUCGCACAAGUCCGGCACCCUUAUCCGAAUCCUCAACGCCCAGAAGAAAUGGAUGAGGCAGGAAGACGCCACGUAUGUCGCUGCGCACUGUAUGCGGAUUCGCGAGAACGACGCCGGGUUUCGGGUGUAUAAAUGGAUGAUGCAGCACAAUUGGUACAAAUUCGACUUCGCUCUUGCUACCAAGCUGGCGGAUUACAUGGGGAAAGAGAGGAAAUUUGCCAAAUGUAGGGAGAUUUUCGAUGAUAUAAUCAAGCAGGGGCGUGUGCCGAGUGAGUCUACAUUUCAUAUAUUGAUUGUUGCGUAUCUUAGUGCUAGUGAGGAAGGGUGUUUGGAAGAAGCGUGCAGUGUGUACAAUCGGAUGAUUCAGCUCGGAGGGUACGGGCCGCGGCUUAGCUUGCACAAUUCGCUGUUUAAGGCUAUUGUGAGCAAACCGGGGAGCUCUGCCAGGGCGUACAUCAAGCAGGCUGAGUUUAUAUUUCAUAAUUUGGUUACGACUGGACUUGAGAUUCAUGAGGAUAUUUACAGUGGCUUGAUUUGGUUGCAUAGUUAUCAGGAUGUUGUUGAUAUGGAGAGGAUGGCGUCGUUGAGGAAGGAGAUGCAAGAAGCAGGGAUUGAAGAGGGGAAAGAGGUGCUUGUGUCUAUAUUGAGAGCGUGCUCGAAGCUAGGGGAUGUGGAGGAAGCAGAGAACACUUGGCUUAGGCUUCUCGGUCUUGAUGCAAGUCUUCCUUCACAAGCAUUUAUUUACAAAAUGGAAGUGUAUGCAAAGGCUGGAGAACCCAAGAAAUCACUGGCGAUAUUCAGGGAGAUGGAACAGCACUUGGGUUCAGCUAAUGUGGCGGCAUAUCAUAAAGUCAUAGAGAUUGUCUGCAAAGCUAAAGAAGUUGAAAUUGCAGAAUCCCUCAUGGCAGAUUUCAUCAAUACUGGUUUGAAGCCUUCCAUGCCAGCUUAUAUAGAUAUAAUGAACAUGUACCUCAACUUGAGCUUAUAUGAGAAAGUGGAAUCAGCCUUCUCCCAGUGCCUUGAGAUAUGCAGACCCAGCCGAAUGGUUUACUGUAUAUACUUGGAUUCUUUGGUGAAAGUCCGUAAUCUUGAUAAAGCUGAUGAGAUAUUUGAACACAUGCAGAGUAAUGACGCAAUAGGUGUUAAUGCACGUUCCUGCAAUACAAUUUUAAGUGGAUACUUGUCUGCCGGAGAUGAUUUCAAGGCAGAGAAAAUAUAUCGUCUGAUGUGUCAGAAGAGAUAUGAUGUUGAUCCACCAUUGAUGGAAAUAAUAGACUCUAUUUUGAGUUUGAGAAAGAAACAGGUUAAGAAACAUAUACGCAUGACGCUGAGCAAAGAGCAGCGAGAGAUAUUAGUUGGUCUACUGCUGGGUGGUUUGCGGAUUGAAUCAGAUGACGACAGAAAGAAUCACAUGAUCCAUUUUGAAUUCAGUCAGAAUUCCAGCGCACAUUUUGUUUUGAGGAGACAUAUAUAUGAUCAAUACCAUGAAUGGCUCCAUCCUUCAUGCAAGGCCAGUGACAAUACCGAGUACAUACCAUAUAAGUUUUCUAGCAUCUCACAUUCGUAUUUUGGUUAUUAUGCCGACCAGUUUUGGCCUAAUGGCCGCCAAAUGAUUCCCAAGCUAGUCCACCGAUGGCUGUCGCCUUGCGUUCUUGCUUACUGGUAUAUGUAUGGGGGCUACAGGACUGAAUUGGGAGACAUAUUGCUAAAGAUAAAGGGAGGUGAGGAAGGUGUUCAGAAGAUUGUCAGAACCUUGAAGGCAAGCUCUGUGGAGUGCAAGGUGAAGAGGAAGGGGAGAGUGUUUUGGAUAGGUUUCCUGGGAAGUAAUGCUGCACUUUUCUGGAAACUAACGGAACCUUACAUCCUAGAUGACUUGAAACAUCUUCUAAAAUCUGAUGGGGAAAGCUCAGAGAAUAGCACAGGUGAAAAUGAAAACAUCAACUUUGCUAGUGGGUCUGAUUCUGAUGAGAAUGCCUCUGAUAACAGUGAUAAUGAUAGGAAUUAAACUGUAGUACAUCUUUUACUCAUUAGUUGGUGUUCAAUUCUGCCAGUACAAGGGCUUUCCUUGUCAGAUAUUGGAGUUGUAUACACGAAUUUCACAGAGAAUAGAUGAAUCUGGUGUAAUGUUGUAAUACCACUUCAGCCUAUAAUUAAUCUCUGAUUGAUGAUCCAUUUGGUCUAUUAUGG